CCAUUGCACACUAGCGCCGUCAUCAGUAUUUGCCCAUCCCAAUCACAGAAUGCGCUGUCUGCCAGGGAGAAGAAAUUUGUUUGGAGAUCCUAGCAACGGUCGCUAUUCCAUUGGGAAACUUCGCAGUCGAAAAAUAAAAUCCUGGAAACAGUUUUACAAGAAAAAUCUUCAUGAAUACCUCCAGGAAGAGCAGUGCUAUAAGAUCCAAAUCUCGGGAGUCAAGAUGGGACAAGCUAAAACGCAAAAAUUCCAUCGCGAUGCUCAACUUCAAAACAGAAACCGUUAAAAAGUGUCUCAAUGUCUUCACAGAUGAGCAGCUUGUGGAUUUGGUCAGGAAGGAUGAGAAGAAAACCUUCCUGAAUCCAGCUAUUGUAAUGGAAAUGAGGCACGAGGCGGUAAAAAAGUUACGGCAACCUCGGAAGGAUGUAGAAAACCCGGGAAAAGGGUCAGAUUUCAGAGAUGAACAAAUGCAGAAAAUUCUCAAUCAUAACAAAAUCAUCGAGGUAAACUUGAUAGAAAAUGAAUUGAUAAAAUUUCGUGAGGAAAUGACCAAGAAACGCCCACCAAAAGCUAAGAAAAUCAAAAUUCCUGAGAAUCCUUAUACACUCCUGGACAAUGGUGAAAUCUUCUCCAGUUUGGCCACUACAGAGGAGAAAACCAAUGAUUUCUAUAGAAAAAUGAUCAAAGCACCAAUUGAGAGUGCAAAGAUAUUUGAGAAGACUGAAGAACUCAAUCAGGUGGAACCAGUUCUGGAUGCUCCUGCAAAUUCCCGGAAAGACCUAAAAAGUGCCUCAGUUCAGUUUGAGGACAACGUGAAGAUCAUUGAGUAUCCAAAGGAUGGGCUAGAGGAAAAAUCCGACGAAUCAGACAGUGAAAGUCUCUUGCAGGAAAAUACCUUCUUUGGGAUGAAUUUCAGAGAUCAUCAAAUAAUUUCAUGCUGUGAAGAAAUCACAACGACUACAAAAUCCUACUUCACUUUCCAUGGUCUCACAUCAUCUCCAAGUCAGGAAAGUGACUUUGGGAGUUCUUCAACUCACGAAAGUACAGAGAGUUCCAUCAUCUUCAAUCAGGAUGAAGAUCUGGAAGCUAGUUUCCUUGCAGAAGCUCUAAAAACCAUCUCUCAAGAUUCGGAAAAGGCUAAAGAAUCAGAUAAAAGUCCAAAUGGUGAAUUAAUUGUCAAGCAACUCAUUCCAGAGAAGCGUGUUCAGGAAGAAGUUGAAGAUGUAGAUGCCCCAAGAGAAAAUGCAGAAGUCUCUCCGGAAAAACUCAAAAUCAUCAGUGAGCUGUUCCGAGAGCACUCUGAGGCAUACAAGGAGUUCAGAGAGAUUCUCUUGAGAAAGUACUUCCUCAAAUGGAUCCAUUACACGACAGUAGAAAAGGUCAGCAAGUGUAAGAGCAUUGCAUCGAAAAACGACCGAAUUGGGAAGAUUGACGCCUAUCUAAACAAAAUCCGUGAUGAAAAGCGUAGAGUGGGGAGGAAGGAGCAUAAUCCUGAAGGUGAAGAGGCAAAGAAACCUGCUCCAAAGGAAGAAUCCAUCAUCAUGGCGAAGAAAUAUAGAAGCAAGCUCAAAAUUCAACAGGAUAUUAUUGAAUAUCAGAAACUUAAGCUAGAACGGCAGGAGAGGAUGAUAACAGAGCUUAGACUCUCAAAGCUCUCUGAAGAAGCUAGAAAUUUUAAACAGGAUCUGAAGAAUGAAUUGAAAAAUGUUGCUAAAACUGGUGAUAUACGUGUCCGUGCAAAAGCCAAAUGCCUUCAAAUUGUCAGUAAUCUGAGGGAUGAAGAAGAUGAACAAAAACUUGCAGCCUAUGGGAGUGUUAUUCCUAAAUUCCUCGUACAGAUGCAAGAACGCGCUCUAGAACGCAAUCUCCGACAUGAAAGGGCCAAAGAGCGACGUAGACAAAUUGAACGAGAACGUGAGGAAGAAAAAUUAGCACAGGAAGAAGAAAAACGUCGUGAAGAUGAAGAGGUAAAGAAGGCACGGAUUGAAGCAUUGCGUGAAAAACGGAGACGAGAGAAACAGGAAAAAUUGCGCCGAGAGCAGGAGCGUCAAACAUGGCUGAUGAACUGUCGUCGAGCUAAUGAUUUCUAUCGUGUUCACUUGCUGAAGAUCUACGGAAUUGGUGCAUUUCGUAAACUUUUGGAACGAAAGAGGCGUUUUGAAUCAAAAGCCAUGAAAUUCCGUAAAGUUUUACGAAUGCGGGUUUGUUUCCGAAAAUGGAGGAAUCACACAAAAUCCAUCUGGGAAGUAAAACAUCGAAAAGCCGAAGAGUUUCACGUGGUCUUUAUGAUGCGACAAGCUAUGAGACUUUGGAAGGGAAACCAUUUGAUGGAGAAAGGAAAAUUGCUUGUGGCCACAGAUUGGUAUGAAAUGCGUCUCAAUGAGCGAUUCUUUAGUUUGUGGGUUGCUCGAACAAAGCAGGAAAAGAUCAUAAUGGAAACUAAGAUGAAACAUGCUGAAGCUCAUUAUAAUUGGCAUCUUAAAUGGCGCUCUAUAGAACAUUGGCAGAGACUUCAUGCAAUCCUGCACCUUGAGAAGGAAAUUGAAGCACGUCGCCAACGAUGGAGGAAUAAAAUCUGGGAACUUUUACCAGACUAUUCUCCAAAUUUGGAUCCUUGAGAUAAAUUCUAUUUUUGUUUUACUUCUAGGUGUAUAAUUUAUUUCUUUUUUCUCAUUUUUAUUUUUAAAUGCGGAAACUGACUAAAUUUUAAAAAUACAUCAGCGUGGUCUUAUGUUUUAAAA